AUGGGUGACUUUGACCUUGACUCGUCAUUUAUACCGGCUCUCUACAAGCCCGCCGAGUCUUUGCCCAUUGCCAACUAUGAAAGCGAUAUUCUGUAUCUGGUCGACACCUUCCCCGUCCUAGUCGUUGUUGGCCAGACAGGCUCGGGCAAGACGACUCAGAUUCCCCAAUUUCUCCGAAAGGCGGGCUGGUGCAAGGACGGAAAACGCGUUGGAGUGACACAACCUCGACGAGUGGCUGCCAUCACCAUCGCUAUGAGGGUUGCCGAGGAGGUAGGCUGCGAAGUCGGAAAGGAGGUCGGUUACUCUGUACGCUUCGAGGAUUCCACUUCGAAGUCGACCCGUAUCAAAUUCCUCACAGAUGGUCUUCUCAUACGAGAGGCUCUCAUGGAUCCCCUUCUUUCCGAGUAUUCUGUUAUUAUGAUAGAUGAGGCUCACGAGAGGUCUAUAAGUACGGACAUACUCUUAGGCCUCUUGAAGAAGAUCAUGAAACGUCGUCCGGAGUUGCGCAUAAUCAUAAGCAGCGCGACCAUUCAGGCCAAGGCGUUUUUCGACUACUUUUCCCCAUCUAAGACUCCGAAUAAUGCGCUAAAGGGCGAGGCAGACAAAAAAGCGGCUGCCAAAAAUAUUGUAUCGGACCGAAACAAGGUCGGAUCUGAGGCUAAGGGUGAGGCAGACGAGGAAACGACUACGAAAGAUAUUGCCUUGGAUCGAAGCAAGGUCGAAUCCGAGGUGAAGGGCGAGGGAGGCGCGGAAGAAACUAAUGCCGACUUGGGUCCCGUGGCGGCUCUCACGGUUGAAGGAAGAACAUACCCCAUCGACGUUCUCCACCUCGAAUCUCCAACGGACGACUACGUGAAGAAGGCUGCUGAAACCGCUUCCGUCACGAUUGACGGUAUCGUUUACGUGGUUGACUGUGGCUUUACCAAAAUCCGCGUUUACGAUCCCUUCACCGGUAUCGAGUCUCUCGUUGUCACUCCCGCAUCCAAAGCCUCAUCAAUCCAGCGCGCUGGCCGAGCGGGCCGUACAAAGCCGGGAAAAUGCUACAGGCUCUACCCUUCGGAAAACUACGACGAGCUGCCGGAUUCAAACAUACCGGAGAUGCAGAGGAGCAACCUCGCGCCAGUGAUUCUCCAGCUCAAAGCACUAGGAAUCGACAACGUGCUUCGCUUCGACUACCUGAGCCCACCACCCUCUCAGCUCAUGGUCAAGGCCCUAGAAUUUCUAUAUGCCCUUGGUGCUCUCGACGAGUAUGCGAAGCUUACGCGCCCUCUGGGCAUGCGAAUGGCUGAGCUGACAGUAGAGCCCAUGAUGGCAAAGGCUCUCCUGUCGGCGCCUGAUCUCGGCUGCCUGAGUGAAAUGCUUACAGUAGCCGCCAUGACAAGCCUUGGAGGCAACGUCUGGUUCUUCCACGAUAAUGAGAGGAAGAAGAUGAAUGUCGCAGGGACCAGGUUCGCCGUGGAGGAGGGAGACCACUUGACCCUGCUCAACGCAUACACGGACUUUGUCACCACAGAGAAGAAGCAGCCUAAAUUUUGCCACGAGAACCACCUCAACUUCAAGUCGAUGACGCGCGCCGUUAAGAUCAGGGCGCAGUUGAAACGCUACCUUGAACAACUAGGUAUCGCGGUUGAAGAGCCAGCUUCUGGAAUCCCGCAAGCUAGGGGUCGAGAUCUAGCCAAGGUGGCUGAACAGGUUCGGCGGUGUCUAACCAUGGGCUUCUUCACCCACGCUGCACAGAUGCAACCAGAUGGCACGUUUAGGGCUGUGGGAAGUGAAAUGGUGCUCCAUGCUCACCCAACCUCCAUCAUGUUCACGCGGAAGGCCGAUUGGGUCAUCUUCCAGGAGAUCAUGGAGACUUCCACAAAGACGUUUAUUCGAGACAUUUCCAAGAUUGAAAAGGGUUGGCUGACGGAAUAUGCGCCUGAAUAUUACCAAGUACAGAAUACCCGGAGGCCAGGCGGAUGA